AUGCAGGCGGAGGAGGGCACAGACUGGCUGCUGGAGCUGCUCACCGAGGUGCAGCUGCAGCAGUACUUCCUGCGCAUCCGGGACGAGCUCAACGUCACCCGCCUCUCCCACUUCGAGUACGUCAAAAAUGAGGAUCUCGAGAAGAUCGGCAUGGGACGCCCCGGCCAGCGGCGGCUGUGGGAGGCAGUGAAGCGGAGGAAAGCCAUGUGCAAGCGGAAAUCCUGGAUGAGCAAGGUGUUCAGUGGGAAGCGCCCCGAGUCAGAGCUGCCACCCCAGCCGCAGAGCACACUCCACGGUGAGAGGCUGUUCAUGCUGAAUGUGGCGGUGAAAUGCCUCAAGACGGACGUGCUGAGCCAGCCGGAGGCACUGGACGACUUCAUCCGGGAGGUGAAUGCCAUGCACUCCUUGGACCACAGGAACCUCAUCCGCCUCUAUGGCGUGGUGCUCUCCCACCCUAUGAAGAUGGUGACAGAGCUGGCCCCACUGGGCUCCCUCCUGGACCGGCUGCGAAAGAACCAGGGCCAUUUCCUCAUCUCCACCCUCUGCCAGUACGCUAUCCAGGUGGCCAAGGGCAUGGCCUACCUGGAGUCCAAGCGCUUCAUCCACCGCGACCUGGCUGCCCGCAACAUCCUGCUGGCCUCCAAUGAGCUGGUCAAGAUCGGGGACUUUGGACUGAUGCGGGCCCUACCCAAAAAUGACGACCAUUAUGUGAUGCAGGAGCAUCGCAAGGUCCCCUUUGCCUGGUGUGCUCCCGAGAGCCUGAAGACACGCACCUUUUCCCAUGCCAGUGACACCUGGAUGUUCGGGGUGACCCUCUGGGAGAUGUUCACCUACGGGCAGGAGCCUUGGAUUGGCCUCAAUGGCAGCCAGAUCCUGCACAAGAUAGACAAGGAGGGCGAGCGGCUGCCGCGGCCCGAGGACUGUCCCCAGGACGUCUACACUGUCAUGCUGCAGUGCUGGGCGCACAAGCCUGAGGACCGACCCACCUUCGUGGCCUUGCGGGACUUCUUGGUGGAGGCCCAGCCCACCGACAUGAGGGCGCUGCAGGACUUCGAGGAGCCCGACAAGCUGCACAUCCAGAUGAAUGACAUCAUCACGGUCAUCGAGGGCAGGGCCGAGAAUUACUGGUGGCGGGGUCAGAAUAAGCGGACCCUAAAAGUGGGCCAGUUCCCCCGAAACACGGUGACCUCGGUGGCAGGGCUGUCUGCCCACGACAUCAGCCAGCCGCUUAAAAACAGCUUCAUCCACACAGGCCAUGGAGACACCAACCCGCAGCACUGCUGGGGGUUUCCCGAUAAAAUUGAUGAGUUGUACCUGGGAAAUCCCAUGGACCCUCCUGACAUUUUAGGUGUGGACCCGAGCACUGCCAGACCCACCCAGCUUCCAGGCAGGGCUAAAAGGCAGCCGCCUCCGCGCCCGCCUCAGCCUACCGUCCUGCUCACCAAGCCCUGCUACGACCCAGUCAGUGAGGAGGAGGAGGGUCUGCCGGGGGGUCUCCGGAAACUCUGCCUGAAGAAGCCGGGUGCAGGGAAGGGUCUGCGACCGGUCAAGCCAUCAGCACGGGUACCGGGCACCAAGGUGGGCGAGCGGCAACCUGGCCGACUGGCAAGCGAGGGGCCAGCGGGCGGCGAAGUGACCCUCAUCGAUUUUGGGGAGGAGGUACCUCAAGGUAGCCCCUCGCCGGUGGGGGAGCUGACAGCCCGGCGGGGCAAGACCAACUAUGGCUUUGUGGAUGAGGGCGAGAGGGGACCAGCAGUGGAGGACAACCUCUUCCUGCCCCCCAAGGAGAUCAAGCAGCCCAGCCUGACGCAGACCACCGAGCUCUUUGAGGAGCUGCAGCAGGAGUGCAUGAAGAGGCUAAACGUUCCCCUGGGACCAGCCACCCCUGCCGACGACAAACCCCAAAUCCCGCCCCGCAUCCCCAUCCCACCCCGGCCCCUACGCCGCAACGAGCCUGGGCGCUGGUCGGGGGAGCUUUCCCCAGCUUCAGGGGGUGAAGAAGACCGGCCGCCUCAGAUUCCCCCCCGGGACCCGCUGUCGCAGCCCACCUCCCGGACGCCCAGCCCCAUGGCCCCACAGGUGGGCUCCCCCCAGCAACGUGCUGCCCUCUGCUCCUGCCUCUCCACCUCGCCGGGGAAGCCCAUGCCCACCACGCAGAGCUUCGCCCUUGACCCCAAGUAUGCCACCCCCAAGGUCAUCCAGGCACAGGGCAAGGACUGUUCCAAGGGACCCUGCAUCCUGCCCAUCGUCAAGGAUGGGCAGAAGGUCAGCAGCACCCAUUACUACCUGCUGCCCGAGCGCCCUGCUUACCUGGACAAGUAUGAGAAGUUCUUCAAGGAGGCCAAAAGCCCUGAGGAGGUGCCAGCAUCCCGCCUGGUCACCACAGCCACCGUCCGUCCCAUGGUGCAGCAGCCGCCGCCAGACUGCAAGGCCAACUUCUCCUCCAACAAUAGCAACCCUGGGCCCAAGUGCCUGGUGAAAGCUUCCUGCAGCCUCCAGAAGAUUGUCUACGAUGGGCCGGAUGGCUGCCGCCCUGCCGACAAGAUCCGGCUGGUGCAGGACACGGUGCAUGGCGUGACCACUGAGGAGUGCCAGGCGGCCCUGCAGAACCAUGGCUGGAGUGUCCAACGGGCCGUCCAGUACCUGAAGGUGGAGCAGCUCUUCUGCCUGGGGCUGAAGUCCCGUGUUGAAUGCCACCGGGUGCUGGAGAUGUUCGACUGGAACCUGGCCCAGGCCAGCUCCCACCUCCUUGAUCCCUACAGCACCGCCCGCCAGAAGCGGUGACAGCGGGGAUGGGACGAGCUGCGUCGGAUUCGGAGCAGGCGUCUCGCUGCAGGGCCACCCCCUCGGGUCCCACCCCCACCCACGCAACCUGCUGCUGGACUCUGGCCUGAGCCCCCGACUGGGGGAAGGGGACACCCCGAAAGGGAGCCUGCCCAGUGCCCCAGACUUGCCAGGGUGCCUGCGCCCUGGCUUCGGCGAUGGGCUCCGUCCCCUGGCCCCUUGUUGAAUUGUUUUUGUAAAGAGAAAUGUAAUUUUAAUAUAUAUAUAUAUAUUAUAUAUAUAAAAAAAAUAUUCUAUGGA